UCGACGUAGUUAAAAUACUCGGGUGUCGCGAACGAAAAAAUGUAACGCGAGUGCAAGUGUUUCGAAACUUCUACAUAGACAGCUCCCGAUGCAGAGGUUGGUUUCCUGCAGGAAAAAUGAUGCCGGCGAGGAAUCCAGGAUACGCGGAGACCGGAGAAUAAUCGUCGAAAUUUUUUUAUCCAACACUUACAUUAUUUGAAAACUCAGAAGUAAGAAAAAAUUUCAAACAAGAAUUUAAAUUUCCUGACAAGCUUCCAGGGAUCUUUAUGCGCCUCUGCGAUGAUACGUCACUGACUCGUGGGAGAUCUGUCAGCGCGUUCGAAGCUGACUGAUCGUAUAGUUUAUAACUCGCUUGUUGUCUCGCGAUAAAUUGUACUAUUUUAUCGAAAUGUCGAAUUUUACGAAGUGGCAUUUCGCCCUACUCGUUAUCUCAUGCGUGUCAUUCGGCCACGCCCUGGAGUGUUACGUUUGCACGGAUCAGGAGGGCAAUCGGGAUAAGUGUCUCAAUACUAUUAAAACCUGCGAACAGGGACAAGAUUCCUGUCUUACAGAGAUUAAAUGGGGCAGUACGCCAUAUUGGUCUCAGGGUGCAAAAAAGCAGUUUUAUGUUUCUAAAAAAUGCGCUACUAAAAAGGAAUGUGAGAGAUUGCAGCGAACUAAUAUGCCUGAUUGUAUCUAUAUCUGGUAUCAGGACUGGAAGUGUUCUUCUUGCUGUCAAGGUGACAGAUGUAACUAUUACGUUAUUUUGUAUAACAUGAAGUGGAAACUCCGCAACGUGUACAGGGUGUUCAGUCGCAAAAAGGUAGUGGACAUCACUCAAGAUUCUAAACUGGCGAGAGUUUUAUCAACUCUCGAUCUCACAGCUUUAGGAAUUGGCUCUACUCUGGGAGUAGGUGUUUACGUCCUGGCAGGAACUGUCGCGAGAUCCACAGCCGGUCCUGCCGUGGUCGUUUCAUUCGCUAUUGCUGCAAUAGCAUCGAUGUUUGCAGGUCUCUGUUAUGCCGAAUUUGGAGCACGAGUACCACGUGCUGGAUCCGCGUAUGUUUACAGCUAUGUAACAAUGGGCGAAUUCAUCGCAUUUCUCAUCGGCUGGACCUUAAUUCUCGAAUACGUUAUCGGCUCGGCUAGCGUGGUACGCGGUCUCAGUACGUACGUCGAUGCGCUCUUCAACAACAGCAUGAGGAAUGCCUUUGAGUCGGCGGCGCCUAUAGAUAUCAGUCAUCUGUCAUCGUAUCCGGACUUCUUCGCAUUUGGCAUCACCCUGUUAUUUUCAGUUGCACUCGCUUUUGGAGCUAAGGAAUCUUCGCUAGCAAACAACUUCUUCACACUGGUGAAUCUCUCUGUCGUACUUUUCGUCAUAAUUGCCGGUUCUUUUAAAUCUAAUGUUAGCAAUUGGAAAACGGAGCCCAAGUGCACCGAGACGGACUGCAAGUUUGGAACCGGCGGAUUCGUGCCUUACGGUAUAUCCGGCAUUAUAAGUGGCGCGGCAACGUGUUUUUACGGAUUUAUCGGCUUUGAUUGCGUGGCCACGACGGGGGAGGAGGCCAAAAAUCCGCAACGAUCCAUCCCGAUAGCAAUCGUCGCGUCUCUGACGAUAGUCUUCCUGGCGUACUUUGGCGUCUCAGUGGUGCUCACCACCGUAAUACCGUACUACGAGCAGAAUCCCGAAGCACCGUUCCCGCAUUUGUUCCAAACGAUAGGAUGGGACUGGGCCAAGUGGCUCGUAUCGAUCGGAGCGAUUUGCGGACUGUGCUCCAGUCUCUUAGGCGCGAUGUUUCCGCUUCCGCGAGUGAUCUACGCCAUGGCUUCGGACGGAUUAAUCUUCAAAUGGAUGGGCAAAGUAAGCUCACGAUUUCAAACUCCAUUCAUGGGGACACUUUCCGCCGGGCUUCUCACAGGCAUUCUAGCGGCGAUAUUCGAACUCACGCAAUUGGUGAACAUGAUGAGUAUCGGCACGCUACUGGCAUAUUCAAUUGUGGCAUCUUGUGUACUUAUUUUACGAUACGAAGAAAGCGAAGCAUACGAGAAGAAAGGCGAUCGUGAUCCAAGGACUUUUGUAUUCGUCGCAAAGCAACUAAUCAAUGCAAACAAAUUGAAUCACUCCACGAAACUUACGUCGCAAAUCGUUACCUCUCUCGUAUUCUGUUACAUUGUUCUUUGUUUUGGUAUAGCCACUUUGUUAUCAAUGUAUAUAACCGAGAUCAGCAUCGGAAAAGUGACUUUUAUAGUACCACUCGUCGUUUUAGCCAUUGCACUCGUGCUUACUCUCUGUUUCAUUUCUUUCCAACCAGUUUCUGGCAAGAAACUUACAUUCUCGGUGCCGUUUGUACCAUUCCUGCCUGCGAUCAGUAUACUUAUCAAUAUUUAUCUUAUGAUGAUGUUGGAUGUAAUGACAUGGGUGCGAUUUGCUGUGUGGAUGGCAGUUGGUUUGAUUAUAUAUUUCUCGUAUGGCGUGCGGCACAGUAAUAUUCGACGGAUAAAGUCGUCGUCGAGAUCAAUCGACAAAACUGACAACAUUUCAUGGAAAGAUGACUUUGCCACGUGAUAAAAGAUCAUUACAAUAACAUUUUUUGUCUUAAUUUAUUGAUUCGACUUAUCGAUCUUUCAAAUUAACAUGUAACAAUGUUACAUUCAUAAAAUAGCUACAGAAGUAUUAAUCUUUUAUGAUGUGAUACGAUUUUAAAACAAUGAUUCACUUGUUUUUAAUAUUAAUCCUAAAAGUAUCACUUUGCUAUUGGUAUAUUAGUAAAAUUUCAUGAGAGACGUAAAACAUAUUUGUUGAUAAUCAAAGUAAAAAAAAGGCAAAAAUAAUCAAAUCCUAGAAAAUACCAAUAAGCAAAAUAAGUAAAAUCCAUAGUAAUCAGAAAAAAAUAUAUUCUAUGUAUAUAUAUAAAGAGGAUUAGUCUAACACACAUUUUAAGAAAUCUAUUUUAAUAAAAUAAAUAUACUCCAUACACACAUAAAAAUCAAUCAUAUAGCAUAGAAAUGUUUUAUACACUUAAAUUAAAUAAAAUGGAAAUAUUUUAUAUAA